GGGGUCGCGCGACGGCGGCGCGAGCGGGAGCGGGAGCGGGAGCUCGGGCUGUCAACGGCCGCGGCGGAGGAGCGACACCCACGAAUGAUGCGCGCCGCCGCCGCCUCUCCUGUCGAUACACAACACCCUAAUUCGUCAUACUGGAUUACGAAGAAAAGUUACUUGCUCUGAUUUCAGCUAGACCAUUCAAAAGAUCCUAUCUUUAUUCAUUCCUUUUUUCUCCAUUCUUUAACAAUAGGCACAUAAAGUAAACUUUUUGAAAAUGUUUAACUUAAUUAAAAAAGACAAAGAUAAAAAGGAAAAGAAAGAAAAGAAGGAAAAGCGGGAGAAAAUGUCUGCAUCAGAAUUGAAAAGCCUUGAGGAGGUUGGUCUUCGUAGAGGACUCUUUAAUUUGAAUCGAUCUUCAAAGCGUGAUUCGAAAACCAAACUGGAAAUCUCAGCUCCUAUCCCAAUAAAAGUAGCUAGCAGUUCCGAUCUCAAUCUUACUGAUAUUGAUUCAGACACCGUUAGUAACAGAGGAAGCAUGAUUUUUGAUUCUGAGCAGUUGAGUACUGCUAGUUCCAGUGAUGACCUCAAAAUAGAUGACAGUAGUUUGAAGGGAUCAGUACUUCAGCGAGCAGCUCUGUUUGGCUCUCUUGCUAAACAGAAUUCAGUCCAGUUAGUAAAAAGAUUCUCUUUUUCACAAAAGAAUCGAGAAGAGACAACAUCAGAAAUAUCAACUCCGUCAGAAAACUCUGCAACUCCUUCACCACAAAUUGAAAUGAGAAAUGAAAACCUACUACUUGAGUACCUGGAAGAAAUGCCAAGAAAUGUAUCAAGUACAGUGUUAAUGGAAAGCCUUAAUAUUCAAAUACCAGAAGUUGUGGAUAAAAGUUUUGCCGCUGAUCUGAGGCUACCCCCUGUGGUACCACCUUUGCCUACAGAACCUAGAGAACUUGUAUUGCAGAGAAGAAAUACAGGAGACUUUGGUUUCUCUUUGCGGAGAACAACCAUGCUAGACAGAGGACCUGAUGGACAAGUGUAUCGCAGGAUGGUUCAUUUUGCAGAGCCUGGAGCUGGUACUAAAGAUUUAGCAUUGGGUCUGGUGCCUGGUGACAGACUGGUUGAAAUUAACAGUAAAAAUGUUGAAAAUAAGUCACGGGAUGAGAUAGUCGAAAUGAUUCGUCAGUCUGGAGACACCGUGAGAUUGAAAGUGCAGCCAAUCCCUGAGUUGAAUGAACUCAGUCGUUCUUGGCUGAGAAACCAUAAAGGGAUUCGUCGAGAUGCUUUUAGCCUGGAACCUGUGGUCUCAUCUACACAGAGCCUUGAUUCCAACGCCCGCUCCAACGAUCUCGCACAGGCAGGUGUCUGGGCUGGUGUCUGUGCCCGUGUGUCAUGCUGGACUAAGGUGGAAGAGGUGCCAGCAGCUGUGCUACAGUCUUCCUCAGCAUCUGCCUCAACCCAGCCUCAGGUGAAGACUGAGGAGCAGAUUGCUGCAGAGCAAGCAUGGUUUGAAGCAGAUAAGGUGUGGCUGGUCCACAAAGAUGGGUUUUCAUUAGCUGCUUGUUUAAAAACUGAUGCAGCAGUCUCCAAACUCCCAGAAGGUAAAGUGAAAAUUAAACUGGAUCAUGAUCAAACAAUUCUGGAUGCAGAUGAAGAUGAUGUGGAAAAGGCCAAUCCACCAACCUAUGACCGAGUGGAAGAUCUUGCUUCCUUGUUGUAUCUCAAUGAAUCUAGUGUUCUGCACACAAUACGCCAACGGUAUGGAGGUAACCUAAUCCACACAUACGCAGGGUCAAAUAUGGUAGUGGUCAAUCCACUCAGCUCUCCUUCAAUGUACUCUGAGAAGGUUAUGCACAUGUUUAAAGGAUGUCGCAGAGAAGAUACCUCCCCACAUGUGUACGCUAUUGCACAAGCUGCCUACAGAAAUUUACUAACUACCAGGCAGGAUCAAUCCAUUGUUCUUUUGGGCAGAAGUGGCAGUGGGAAAACUACAAACAGUCAGCAUCUUGUUCAGUAUCUGGUUACAAUUGCUGGGAGCACAGGGAAAAUUGUGACUGUCGAGAAAUGGCAGGCAGUAUAUUCUGUUCUGGAAGCCUUCGGCAAUAGCUCAACAAGUAUGAAUACCAACGCCACGCGUUUCUCAGAGAUCAUCUCACUUGACUUUGAUCAGGCUGGUCAGGUGGCUUCAGCUUCCAUACAGACUAUGCUUUUGGAGAAGGUCAGGGUAUCCAAGCAUCCAGGGAGUGAGGGGACAUUCAAUGUGUUCUACUAUCUAAUGGCUGGUGCUGACAAUACUCUAAGAACAGAACUUCAUUUGAGCCAUUUUGCAGAAAACAAUGCUUUUGAAAUUACACCUUUAUCAAAGCCUGAAGAAAAGCAAAAGGCAGCUCAGCAAUUUAACAAACUUCAGGCUGCUUUGAAGGUGCUUGGGAUUUCAAAUGAAGAACAGAAAGCUUUUUGGCACAUCCUGGGUGCCAUUUAUCACUUGGGGGCAGCAGGUGCCACUAAAGCUGGAAGGAGACAGUUUGCUAGACAUGAAUGGGGCCAAAAAGCAGCCUACCUGUUAGGCUGCAAUUUGGAAGAAUUAUCCUCUGCAUUGUUUAAGCAUCAACUAAAGGUUCAGAGGUCAACUUCAUUCCGGCAAGGGCCAGAUGAGAGUGGGCAGGGCGAUGGCUCAGGCCCCAAGAUAACAGCAAUGGAAUGUCUAGAAGGAAUGGCAUCUAGUUUGUAUGGAGAGAUGUUUAUGGUGCUAAUCUCGCUCAUUAAUAGGGCUCUUAAAUCCACUCAACAUUCACUUUGUUCCAUAAUGAUAGUGGAUACCCCUGGAUUUCAGAAUCCAAAGGUCACAUCACCUGAGAGAGCUGCAACUUUUGAGGAACUCUGCCACAAUUAUGCACAGGAACGCUUACAGAUGCUCUUCUAUGAACGAACGUUUUUGAAAGAGCUUGACCGAUAUAAGGAGGAAAACAUAGAACUUGAUUUAGAUGAAGUAGAAUCCAGCUGUCCUUUUUCUGUAGGUGCCAUAGAUCAAACAUCUCAUCAAGCGCUGGUUCGAACAUUGGCUAGGACAGAUGAAGCAAGAGGACUACUUUGGCUGUUGGAUGAAGAAGCACUAAAACCUGAUGGAAGUGAAGACACGCUUUUAGAGCGACUGUUCACAUACUACGGUCGACAAGAUGGAGACAAGAAUGGCCAAAGCCCAUUGUUGAAAAGCAACAAGCCUCAUCAUUUCAUCCUAGGUCAUUGCUACAAUACCAAUUGGGUGGAGUAUGAUACAACAGGUUGGUUGAAUUAUGCAAAACAGAACCCUGCUACUCAAAAUGCUGCCACCCUACUUCAAGACUCUCAAAAGAAAAUCAUUAGCAAUCUGUUUAUGGGUAGAGCCGGAACUGUAUUGUCUGGUUCAAUUGCUGGCCUGGAGGGUGGAUCCCAGCUUACUUUGAGAAGAGCUACAAGCAUGAGAAAGACUUUCACCACUGGCGUAGCUGCAGUAAAGAAGAAAUCAACAUGCAUUCAGAUUAAACUCCAAGUGGAUGCUCUUAUUGAUACAGUGAAAAAGUCCAGGAUUCAUUUUAUCCACUGUUUGUUGCCAAAAACUGAUGCCUUCACUGAAACAAAAGUGUCUCCAACCUCUUCUCUGAAGUCUGGAAUCAUAGAAACUGAUGUCCAGGCAGAAAAUUUUGAAGCAGGCCUAAUGCAGCUGGAUGUACCACUUCUUCGAGCCCAGAUUAGGGGCUGCAAACUUCUUGACGCUCUAAGAAUAUAUAGACAAGGCUACCCGGAUCAUAUGGUGUUUUCAGAAUUCAGACGGCGUUUUGAUGUCCUUGCACCACAUCUUACUAAAAAACAUGGGAGGAACUAUAUUGUUACAGAUGAAAAACGGGCUGUAGAAGAGCUUCUGGAGUCUCUGGAUUUAGAGAAGAGCAGUUAUCACAUGGGCCUUAGUAGGGUGUUUUUUAGAGCAGGAACUCUUGUUAAAUUGGAAGAACAAAGGGAUGAACAGACCAGAAGGAAUAUCACUCUUUUCCAGGCAGCUUGCAGAGGAUACCUUGCACGGCAGUAUUUCAAGAAGAGAAAGAUUCAAGAUCUAGCUAUUCGUUGCAUCCAGAAAAACAUUAAAAAAAACAAAGGAGUCAAGAAUUGGCCAUGGUGGAAACUAUUCACUACAGUUCGGCCAUUAAUUGAGGUUCAGUUAACAGAGGAGCAAAUACGAGGCAAAGAUGAGGAGAUUCAGCAGCUCCGCAGCAAAAUAGAACGGGUUGAAAAGGAACGCAAUGAAUUGCGACUAACAAGUGAUCGUCUAGAAAGCAGGCUUGGAGAACUGACAUCAGAAUUAACAGAUGAGAGAAAUACUGGUGAAUCAACAUCUCAACUUCUAGAGACAGAAACGGCAGACAGACUUCGGUUAGAGAAGGAAAUGAAAGAGUUACAGGCUAAAUGUGAUGGAAUGAAGAAACAGAUGGAUUCAAUGGAAAUGGAAGUGAUGGAAGCUCGGCUUAUCAAAGCAGCAGAUUUAAAUGGAGAAUUGGAUGAUGAUGAGUCUGGUGGAGAAUGGAGAAUGAAGUAUGAGCGUGCAGCAAGAGAGAUAGAUUUCACCAAAAAACGACUGCAUCAGGAAUUUGAGGACAAACUGGAGGUUGAAUUACAGAGCAAAAGGCAAAUGGAGCGAAAAAUUGCAGACUUGCAAGCUGAUAAUGAAGAAAUGCAACGUAGCAUUCAACAGUUGAAGAAAAAAUCCCAGCGACUUACAGCAGAACUGCAGGACACUAAGCUUCACCUUGAAGGUCAGCAAGGACGUAACCAUGAAUUGGAAAAGAAGCAACGAAAGUUUGACAGCGAGUUAUUGCAAAUACAAGAUGAAGCUCAAAGAGAAAAAAUUCAGAAAGAGAAACUGAGCAGAGAAAGAGACAGUUUUAUAGCAGAGAUAUUCAGUCUAAAGCAACAACUGGACGAUAAAGAUUCUGAGAUUAUCACUGUAACCCAGAGGGCAGAGAGAUUGGAUGCAGAACUGCAGGAUCUAUCUUCUCAAGAAUCUAAGGACGAGGCUUCACUUGCUAAAGUGAAGAAGCAGGUUCGUGAGUUGGAGGCCAAGGUUAAAGACCAGGAGGAGGAGCUGGAUGAACAAGCUGGAACAAUUCAGAUGCUUGAACAGGCCAAACUUCGGCUGGAAAUGGAAAUGGAGAGGUAUAGACAAACUCAAGCAAAGGAAAUUGAGAGCAAAGAAGAGGAAGUGGAAGAAAUUAGGCAGUCUUGCCAGAAGAAGUUAAAACAAUUUGAGCUGCAAUUAGAAGAAGAGUAUGAUGAUAAACAGAAAAUUUUGAGAGAGAAAAGAGAUCUGGAGAACAAACUUUCUGUAGUCAGUGAAAAGGUCAGUGAAAGAGAUUUUGAAACUGAAAAAAGGCUACGCAAGGACCUUCGACGUACAAAAGCUCUUCUGGCUGAUGCCCAAAUAAUGCUGGACCACUUCAAAAAUAAUGCACCUAGCAAAAGAGAAAUUGCGCAGUUGAAAAAUCAGCUUGAAGAAUCAGAGUUCACCAGUGCAGCAGCUGUCAAAGCUCGAAAAUCUAUGGAAGUUGAAAUGGAAGAUCUGCAUCUUCAGAUUGAAGAUAUCUCCAAGGCCAAAGUUGCACUUGAAGAGCAGCUGAGUCGUCUUCAACGUGAAAAAAAUGAGCUACAGAGCCGUCUUGAGGAAGACCAAGAAGAUAUGAAUGAACUCAUGAAGAAACACAAAGCCAUAGUGGCUCAGUCAUCCAGGGACCUGGGCCAGAUUAAUGAACUGCAGUCACAACUAGAUGAAGCCUAUAAAGAAAAACAAGAAUUGCAAGAAAAGUUACAAGGAUUGCAGAGUCAGCUAGAUUUUACAGAACAAUCCAUGGUAGAUAAAUCCUUGGUGAGUAGACAAGAAGCCAAGAUUCGUGAACUUGAAACCAAACUGGAAUUUGAGAAGACCCAGGUCAAACGUCUUGAGAGCCUAGUUGGUCGUCUCAAGGAAAACCUGGAAAAACUGGGAGAAGAGAGAGAUCAGAGAUCAGCUGCUGAAAAUCGUGAGAAGGAACAAAAUAAGCGACUGCAACGGCAGCUUAGGGAUGUUAAGGAAGAAAUGGGUGAACUUACCAAGAAGGAAGCAGAGGCCAGCCGUAAAAAACAUGAACUAGAAAUGGAUAUUGAAAGCCUUGAAGCUGCAAAUCAGAGUCUACAGUCUGACCUUAAACUUGCUUUUAAAAGAAUUGGAGAUCUACAAGCAGCAAUCGAAGAUGAAAUGGAAAGUGACGAAAAUGAUGACCUUAUUAAUAGUGAAUGUGAUUCAGACACAGACUCUGAAGUUGAAAAACGUGUGGAUGGUGUCAAAUCCUGGUUGUCAAAAAACAAGGGCUCAGAUGAUGGAAGCCUAAAAAGCUCAAGUCCUCCUUUGUAUCGUCGACACAUGACUGUUAUUGAUUCUGAUGAUGAGAUGGAUGGUGUGGAAGACUACUUCAAAUCCAAGAUGGCAACAAGACGACCACUAAGCAACAGUGAUAAUGACAGUAAAAUUGUGGAAUCAAAUGCAUAGCAACAAUCAUGGUUCUUUAACAACAGGUUCAUACUAACUAAAAAAGUACAGCAAAUGACAUCUGAAUUCUUGGGAUAAUACUUCAUUGUUAAACUAUAAAAGUGAUUAAAAACAAACAGGAUGAAUGAAGUAUGAGUAUAAUUUUGGUAAUAAGUUUGCAUGUUUUUGAUAGACUGCAUUUACUUGAAAUUUAAUUUGGUGAACUAAGAUUGGUAUUUCUUACAAGUAUGGAUGCUGCUGCUUUCAUUUGAAUAUUUUGGAACCUUGAGAUACAUGGGUUUAUUUUUGUCUCCCUAUUGCUUUGGCUGAAUUUUCUCACAAUUGCCUGCUUUCAAAUUCUAAUUUAAACUUGUCAUCUCUGGUUGGAUUUAGGGUGCCACUUGAGGUUUACAUGUAAUUAUUAUUACCUAAGCCAAAGAUUAGUUUUUCUUAUUUAGCUGUGGUAAACUGGAAACACAAACUAAAAUAAUAGCAAAACAAAACUAUUGGCUUCAGACUUUUUUCCCUUUGAGGUGUGUGUGCAUAUGUUAAUAGUUUUUGAAAAAGAACACAUUUUGUGUGAGUAGUUUGUUGAUACCUAUACUCUUACACAUUCUGUUUAUCUUACUGUUUUGAGUUUCAAAUUAUGAGAUGCAGUUGAUACCAUACAUCUCACAAUAUACACUGACACAAAUACAAUUAAUAACUUUUUGUAUAUUUAAUCUUCAUUAAUUAAGGUAUAUUUCCAGAUGAUCAGAAAGUAAUUAGGAAAGACACUGGGAAGAAAAAUGCCUUUUAAAAGCAAUUGUUGAGUUCCAAUAAUGUAUAUUUUUACCUCAUUGUCCUGCAUGUUUAACAUGAGGAAAAUAAUGCACAAUGUCAAAAUGUAAUAAAUAACAUCUUUUGAUCCCAAUUAAAUCUUUGUAUAAUUUGGAUCAAAUUUGAUAUGAUGUCCACAAAUGAUGAUUUGGGGGGAAAUGGAUGUUAUAAAUUCAAAUAGGUGUGUUUCUUAAUACCCAUACCCACCUCAUCUCUUCAAAGGAUGGUAAAUCACUUCAUUAUGCUUUUUCUCUUUGAUUUUUGGGUAUGUUGUACAUAAAAUCACUCCUUGUAGUAUUAUUGUUCAUCAAUUCAAUUUAGUGACCAUUGAAAUCAAGGUUGGAGCUUUGAUACAUUCUAUGAAAUAAUACCAUCUUUAUAUAUUGACUCAGUUUUCAUAAAUUUGCAUGGAUUGUUUAAAUGAUUGUCUAGAUUACUAAGACACUUCUGUAUAAAGCCAACUGCAAAUACUACUCUGAUUACUUUUCUUAAAUGGUCAGUGACUCAUUAUGCCGUAAGUAUUGGAUAUGAAAAUCUUAUCUAACUGUGCACUUUUCAAGAAUGCAGUCUAUGUGCAUCUUUAGUUAGUACAGAUAAUAGCAAACAGAUUGCAGUGCUGCAAGGUUUAUUAAUACUUGUACUGAAAUGUUAUUAAACGGUACUAUUUGAUUCACUUAAUCAAAAUGUAGCACUGAUGUACAAAGUCCUGUUAUGCAAUUAAUUUUCAAAUUGAAUUGUUACGAUAAAAGGAAUUGUGUAGUUCUGGCUUCAAAGUUUUCUCUUAUAGUUUAAAGGAAACAGAUUUACCAGAAGAACAAAUGUGUAAGAUGAGGAUCAAUUUAAAUUGCUUUGAAAGAUAGCAAACAUCAGAAAACCAUACUGUUCUCAAUUGUGUAUUUUUUUGACUAUUUAUGUUUCAGAAUAAACUUUUUG